UCUAAAUAUCGGCGAAACAGCGGUUCGGUCGUGAGAUCGAUCAUCUCAGAGCUUGUGUCGGGAUACGAUUCGUCGGUAUCGAAACCCUCGAAGAAGAAGUUUGUUUUCCAGCUGUUAAUUCUUUUUUUUUUUGGAAACGAUGUCUGGCGAGGAAGAUGCCACCGUGAGGGAGCCGCUAGAUCUGAUUCGUCUGAGUCUCGACGAGAGAAUCUACGUCAAACUCCGCUCAGACCGCGAGCUUCGCGGCAAGCUUCACGCGUUUGAUCAGCAUUUGAAUAUGAUUCUGGGAGAUGUUGAAGAAGUUAUCACAACAGUUGAGAUUGAUGAUGAGACGUACGAGGAGAUUGUCCGGACGACUAAGCGAAACAUUCAGUUUCUGUUUGUGAGAGGAGAUGGAGUGAUAUUGGUGUCUCCACCACUGAGAGCACCCUGAAGUUAAAACUCAUAUUUGAAGCCUAAGUUAAGGAGCUUAGGUUCUCUCUAUGGGAACUAUUGAUGUGUAUUUUUAGUUACUUGUUGUCUGAAACUUUUUUAAAAAGCUUGAACGAUCUUUUAUUUGCUUUAAUCCCAGUUUGCUCUUUUAUACCU